UUCGCCGUGUGACAGGCAAGAAACGCGCGCGCAGAAACCGCCGUGCUCGACUCGAUCUCGCCGAGUGACCAGUGAUCGCAGUACGUGCUGGCGGCCGGGAUGACGGGGUUCGGGUCGCCGUGCGGGGCGUGCAAGUUCCUGCGGCGCAAGUGCGCGCGCGGGUGCGUGUUCGCGCCCUACUUCUGCCACGAGCAGGGCGCGGCGCACUUCGCGGCGAUCCACAAGGUGUUCGGCGCCAGCAACGUGUCCAAGCUCCUCGCGCACCUGCCGCUCGCCGACCGCCCCGAGGCCGCCGGCACCAUCUCCUACGAGGCGCAGGCGCGACUCCGCGACCCCAUCUACGGCUGCGUCGCCCACAUCUUCGCGCUCCAGCAGCAGGUGAUGACCCUGCAGGCGCAGCUGGCGUCGCUCAAGGCGCAGGCGGCGCAGGGGCAAGGCGUGCACGAGGACGCCGAGGGCUACAUGGGCAGCGCGGCAGAGCAGCUCGGGUACGGCUACCCCUGGUGCAACAGCAAUGGAGGAGGGGGUCCCGUGGGGGCGCCGGCCGCGCAGCUGUGCGCGUACAGCAAUGUCGGCCACGAGUCCUUGACCGCCAUGCUGGGGUCGGACAACAUGCAGCAGUCGCUGUACGACGCGUUCGAGCAGGUGGGCGUGGCCGACGACGGCUCGUCGUUUGGGGCGGAGGAGAGCGGGUGGAGGUCGUCAUCAGGGUACCAAGACUGCGAGGACCUGCAGAGCGUGGCUUACGCUUACCUGAAUCAUCGCUCGUAAGAACUGGAAAUUACUAGUGCAGAAGAUAUAUCACAAGAGAAUAUAUAUAUGUCCUCAAUUCUGAUCAUGUUUUGGACAUGAGCUUGGGUAAUAUAUGUGCGAUUUUCAAAGUGUCGAUCCAUCGGUCGAUGAAUCUCUUGCUAGAAAUAAUUCAGAAGCAUCAUGCAUGUGGGAGUUCAUUGAUAUAUAGAUCUACCGAUCAGUGUAGAAAGUAGAAACCUACUUAAUUAGACAAAAAAUUAUCCUUGGUAUGAGUAUUCUUCUAUUUCUGUUGGUUUGGAGUUGUGCUUAUUUCUUCUCCAGUUCUCUUUCUAACUGAGGCAGUCUAUAGAUAAGGUUAGAUUUGUCAUGCCGGAAAAUGUACUGCAAGGAAUAUAGAAGGCAACAUUGGGAGACAGCUGAUGGAUUCAUUGCCACACACAUGGAAAAUCCAAUCAGCCUACUAUUUUGGUUGACUCCUUUUACUGAAACUCUUGCUGAUGGGACACAUCUUCUAUAUGGCUAGAGGAUAGAGCCUUUUGUCUUAAAGAGAAUCCUAUCUGUGGAUUUAUUAUCCCUACUUAAUUAAUUCAAGUAACCUAAUUGUAAACAUGCAAUUGAUAUACUUGUAGAAUGCUAAAUCAUGACCAGCUUCAUCCUUGAAAAGGGUAUAAUUAGUAUAAGUACUGUCUAAUAAGUAAGCCUUUUCCAGGACUAUAUCUGAUAGAAACUUUUUUCGAGGUUUUCCUUGUACACAUAUCUUGUUAGAAGUUUCCAACAUGCAUGUAGAGGCAUAUUCGAGUUAGAUAGCUACGUGAUUCACCUUAAUUAUUUACAUUCAUACACUGCCAUUUGAUCCUUCUAAGGGUAACAAUGAACAUAACUGUAAG